AUGUCAGAAAAGUUCAUUUCAAAAAAACAUAACUUUGAAAACAAAGCAAAAUCUUAGAAUUAAAAAGCAAGAUUUCUAAAUGAUAAGGAAGAAAGUGAACAUCCUCCUCAAAUGAGAAAUGCAUAACGGUUUUUGUAAUUUCAUUUCAUUAUCAAGAAAGUCGAAAACCAAAAGCUACUUAGGAGAUGAUUGUUAUUCCUUAACCAUCUAUUCAGUAUGCUUAACCAGUAAUAAAUUUUUAAUAUUAUUUAGUAUGUUCCAAAACCAAUUCCUAUACCUGAAGCAAUCAAAUAAAUAGAUAAGAAAAUUCAAGCUUAUCGUAAAGUAAUGGAGAGGGAAAGAUAAGAGAAAUUAUAACGUGAAAAAUAAGAAUUAUAAAAAUUAUAUGAAAAUGAAGAAGAUCAUAAAAAAGAAAUAGAUUUUAUGACAAAUCCUCAAAUUAUUAAUUAAUAAGAAGAAGAGCCUUCUUAAUAAGAAGAAGAUAAUUAAGAAUUGUUGUCUGAAGAACCAAGAGUUCAAGAUUAAUAAAAUAUAACAGUGAGUGAGAAGACUUCGUAUUCUGAAUAAGUGAAAAAGAGAGAAUAGAUUUAUGACCAUACACUUCAAAGGAUGUAUGAAAAAAGAUAAAAUCCAGUAUUAUUUGCAGUAAUAUGAUAUAAUCUAUAAAGAGAAAUUUAAAAAGAAGCCUCCAAUUUUAAAUAUUACAACAAAAAAUAAAAUAUAAAAGGGGAAUGGAAGAAUGGAUCCUGAAGAACAUAAAUUAAGAGUAUAUAAUAGAGAGAAUGUUCCAACAAUACCAGAUUUGAUAAUUCCAUCAUUUACUAUAAAGAAGGAUUAAAUGGCUAAAAAUAUAUUGGCAUAUUUAGUAAAAAAUUAAAUAAUUAAUUUAAUUUAGAAAGAAUAUACUCCAUUAUUUCGUGGAUAUAAGAAUUAUGAAUAUCCAAAAUGUGUUUAAAAUAUCCUUUAAGAAGAGAUUGACUCACUUCCGAAAUAAUGA